CGAUGAAAACCACGCCCCCUCCUCGCGUCGCGCGCCGGUGACGUCAGCGGCGCGCGGGAGCGGCGCGCGGGGGGAGACGCGGAGAGCGCGGGAGCGGCCCCAUUUGGGUCUGGGGUCUCCCCGGGCCAUGGCCGCGCCUCAGGAGGGGCCGAGCCCCCGGCCCAGCCAGGAGGAGCCCGGGAGCGACGGGAGGAGCACCUCGGAACGGGUGGUGGAUCUGCUGAACCAGGCGGCGCUGAUCGGGAAUGAGGGGAAAAUCACCAUCCUGAGACAGGUGCAGGAGCUGAUCAUCAACAAGGACCCCACGCUGCUGGACAACUUCCUGGAUGAAAUCAUCGCCUUCCAGGCCGACAAAUCCAUCGAGGUGCGGAAAUUCGUGGUGGGGUUCAUCGAGGAGGCCUGCAAGAGGGACAUCGAGCUGCUGCUGAAGCUGGUGGCCAACCUGAACAUGCUGCUCAAGGACGAGAACGUCAACGUGGUCAAGAAGGCCAUCCUGACCAUGACCCAGCUCUACAAGGUGGCCCUGCAGUGGAUGGUGAAGUCCAAGGUGAUCGGCGAGCUGCAGGAGGCCUGCUGGGAGAUGAUGUCCUCCAUGGCCAGCGACAUCAUCCUGCUGCUGGACUCGGACAACGACGGCGUCCGCACGCACGCCAUCAAGUUCGUGGAGGGGCUGAUCGUGACGCUGUCGCCGCGCACGGCCGACUCCGACGUGCCCAAGCGGCACGAGAACGACGUCAGCCUGGAGCGCAUCCCGCGCGACCACCCCGUCAUCAAGUACAACGCGCUGUGGGAGGAGGGCAAGGCGGCGCUGGAGCAGCUGCUCAAGUUCAUGGUGCACCCGGCCAUCUCCAGCAUCAACCUGACGGCGGCGCUGGGCUCGCUGGCCACCAUCGCCCGCCAGCGGCCCAUGUUCAUGGCCGAGGUCAUCCAGGCCUACGAGACCCUCCACGCCAACCUGCCGCCCACGCUGGCCAAGUCUCAGGUGAGCAGCGUGCGCAAGAACCUGAAGCUGCACCUGCUGAGCGUGCUGCGCCACCCGUCCUCGGGCGACUUCCAGCCGCAGAUCACCACGCUGCUGGUGGACCUGGGCACGCCGCAGGCCGAGAUCGCCCGCAGCAUGCCCAGCCCGCGCGAGGCGCGCAAGCGGCCCCGCGACGAGCCCGACGCCGCCCUCAAGAAGAUGAAGAUCGGUGAGGUUCAGGUUGGGUGGUGGCCAUGGGACGAGCCCGACGCCGCGCUCAAGAAGAUGAAGAUCGGUGAGAACCCCUGGUGGCACCAGGGUCACAUCCCUGUGGUGGUGGUUUUCCAUGAGGGAUGGGUGGUGGUGGCCGUGGUGGCCAUCAGGGUUCAGGUUGGGUGGUGGCCAUGGGACGAGCCCAACGCCGCCCUCAAGAAGAUGAAGAUCGGUGAGAGCCCCUGGUGGUAUCAUUGUCACCUCCCUGUGGUGGUGGCCUUCAGGGUGGGUGGUGGUGGCCAUCAGAAAUGGCCCCAGGAUGAGCCCGACGCCGCCCUCAAGAAGAUGAAGAUCGGUGAGUGGGACAUUGGUGUCACCUCCCCGUGGUGGCAUCAUUGUCACCCCUCUGUGGUGGCCAUCAGGGUUCGGGGUUGGGUGGUGGUGGCCGUGGUGGCCAUCAGGGUUCAGGGUUGGGUGGUGGUGGCCGUGGUGGCCAUCAGGGUUCAGGGUUGGGUGGUGGCCAUGGGACGAGCCGGACGCUGCCCUCAAGAAGAUGAAGAUCGGGUGGGUGGUGGUGGCCAUCAGAAAUGGCCCCAGGAUGAGCCCGACGCCGCCCUCAAGAAGAUGAAGAUCGGGUCACCUUCCCUGUGGUGGUGGCAUCAGGGUCACAUCCCUGUGGUGGUGGUUUUCCAUGAGGGAUGGGUGGUGGUGGCCGUGGUGGCCAUCAGGGUUCAGGGUUGGGUGGUGGUGGCCGUGGUGGCCAUCAGGGUUCGGGGUUGGGUGGUGGCCAUGGGACGAGCCCGAUGCCGCCCUCAAGAAGAUGAAGAUCGGGUGGGUGGUGGUGGCCAUCAGAAAUGGCCCCAGGACGAGCCCGACGCCGCCCUCAAGAAGAUGAAGAUCGGGUUCAGUGUUGGGUGGUGGCCACGGGACGAGCCCGACGCCGCCCUCAAGAAGAUGAAGAUCGGUGAGAGCCCCUGGUGGCAUCAGGGUCACAUCCCUGUGGUGGUGGUUUUCCAUGAGGGAUGGGUGGUGGUGGCCGUGGUGGCCAUCAGGGUUCAGGGUUGGGUGGUGGCCACGGGACGAGCCCGAUGCUGCCCUCAAGAAGAUGAAGAUCGGGUUCAGGGUUGGGUGGUGGUGGCCGUGGUGGCCAUCAGGGCUCAGGGUUGGGUGGUGGUGGCCAUGGUGGCCAUCAGGGUUCAGGCCCUGGCUGACCCCGGUGCUGUCCCGCUCAGGCUGGCGGGCGCCGGGGGCCGUAAGAAGGUGUUCCGCCUCAGCGACGUGCUGAAGCCGCUCAGCGAGGUGCAGGUGGAGAAGCUGAAGCUCGGCGCCGUGCGCCGCAUCCUGCGCUCCGAGAGGGCCGUGGCCGCCAGCGGCGCCGCACAGGCCCGAGUGAAGAUCCUGGCCUCGCUGGUGACGCAGUUCGAGGUGCCCCUCAAGGGCGAGGUGCUCUCCUUCAUCCUGGACGACGUGCGGGGCCGCCUGGACCUGGCCUUCGCCUGGCUCUUCCAGGAGUACAACGCGCACCUGGCGCGCGGCGGCGGCGGCCUGGAGCGCUACGACGAGUGCCUGAUCGGGCUGCUGGCCGGGCUGCAGGAGAAACCCGACCAGAAGGACGGGAUCUUCACCAAGGUGGUGCUGGAGGCGCCGCUCAUCACCGAGAGCGCCCUGGAGGUGAUCCGGAAAUACUGCGAGGACGAGAGCCGCACCUACCUGGGCAUGUCCACCCUGAGGGACCUGAUCUUCAAACGGCCGUCGCGGCAGUUCCAGUACCUGCACUUGCUGCUGGACCUCAGCUCGCACGAGAAGGACAAGGUGCGGCAGCAGGCGCUGCAGUUCAUCAAGCGCAUGUACGAGAAGGAGCAGCUCCGCGAGUACGUGGAGAAGUUCGCCCUCAAUUACCUGCAGCUCCUGGUGCACCCCAACCCCCCCUCCGUGCUCUUCGGCGCCGACAAGGACACAGAGGUGGCGGCGCCCUGGACCGAGGAGACCAUCAAGCAGUGCCUGUACCUGUACCUGGCCCUGCUGCCCCACAACCACAAGCUGAUCCACGAGCUCGCCUCCGUCUACACCGAGGCCAUCGCCGACAUCAAGCGCACGGUGCUGCGCGUCAUCGAGCAGCCGAUCCGCGGGAUGGGGAUGAACUCGCCGGAGCUGCUGCUGCUGGUGGAGAACUGCCCCAAGGGCGCCGAGACGCUGGUGACGCGCUGCCUGCACAGCCUGACCGACAAAGUGCCGCCCUCGCCCGAGCUGGUCAAGCGCGUGCGCGAUCUCUACCACAAGCGGCUGCCGGACGUGCGCUUCCUCAUCCCCGUCCUCAACGGGCUGGAGAAGAAAGAGGUGAUCCAGGCGCUGCCCAAACUCAUCAAACUCAACCCCAUCGUGGUCAAGGAGGUGUUCAACCGCCUGCUGGGGACGCAGCACGGUGACGGCACCUCGGCCGUGUCCCCGCUGAACCCCGGGGAGCUCCUGAUCGCCCUGCACAACAUCGACUCCUCCAAGUGCGACAUGAAAUCCAUCAUCAAAGCCACCAACCUGUGCUUUGCGGAGCGCAACGUUUACACCUCGGAGGUGCUGGCGGUGGUGAUGCAGCAGCUGAUGGAGCAGAGCCCGCUGCCCAUGCUGCUGAUGCGCACGGUGAUCCAGGCCCUGACCAUGUACCCCCGCCUGGGCGGCUUCGUCAUGAACAUCCUGUCCCGCCUCAUCAUGAAGCAGGUGUGGAAGUACCCCAAGGUGUGGGAGGGGUUCAUCAAGUGCUGCCAGCGCACCAAGCCGCAGUCCUUCCAGGUGGUUCUGCAGCUGCCCCCGCCCCAGCUCGCCGCCGUCUUCGAGAAAUGCCCCGAGCUGCGCGAGCCCCUGCUGAGCCACGUGCGCGCCCUCACCCCGCACCAGCAAGCGCACAUCCCCCUGUCCACCAUGGCCAUCCUGGAGGCCACCACGCGCCACGAGCCCGAGGGGACACCUGGAGAGGAGAAGCCCCCCAAGCGCCCCCCGGGCUCCGAGGAGGACCCCAAGGCCAAGGGGGGGGGGUCCCGGCUCCCCUCCCCCCGCCGAGGGAGCCCCCCCGGAGCUGCUGGAGCCCCCCCCGAUCUUCAUCAGCGCCGCCGAGGAUGAGGAGAGCUCGGGGGGGGGAGGGGACGCGUCCCCCCCGGACCCCGCCCUGGACACGC